AUGUCAAGCAAUAAAUUUGAAGGAGAGAUUUCUACACUUUUUGGGAAUCUAAAGUCCCUUCGCUCCUUAAAUCUCUCAAACAACAUGCUCACUGGUUGCAUCCCAUCGUCGUUGGGGAAUUUAACGGAACUUGAAUCAUUGGACCUUUCUCAAAACAAUCUUUCCGGAGAGAUUCCUCAACAGUUAAAGCAACUUAUGUUCCUUGCAAGCUUCAAUGUAUCAUACAACAAGCUUACAGGGCCUAUACCUCAAGGGAACCAAUUCAGUGCAUUCGAGAGCAGUUCAUUUGAGGGAAACCCAGGAUUGUGUGGAGAUCUAUUGUUUAAGAAAUGUGGUGAUUUAGAGCCCUCGUCACUGCCUCCUUCAGCUUUUGAAGAAAAUGAUGAUUUAGAGUCUAUGUUCAAAUUAGAUUGGAAAUUUGUGUUGGUAGGAUUCGUGAGUGGGCUGGUUGUUGGAGUAGCUCUUGGCGACAUGGUGAUCAUAAGGAGGCAUGGAUGGUUGGUUAAGAUGCAAUGCAAAAGGAGAAGGCGAAGGAGAUAUCAAAGAAAUUUGCUGUUGUUGUAA